AUGCUGCGCUGCUGCCGGGCGGCCGCGGCCAUCGCUGCCGGCUGCGCUCCGGGCUCCCCGCGCGGCCUCGCCAUGGCCAAGAGCAAGUUCGAGUACGUGCGGGACUUCGAGGCGGACGACACGGUCCUGCCCAACUGCUGGAUCGUGGUGCGGCUGGACGGCCGCAACUUCCACAGGUUUUCUGAGCAGCAUGAAUUCAAAAAGCCAAAUGAUGACCGUGCUCUGCAACUGAUGACCAAGUGUGCCCAGACAGUGAUGCAAGAACUGGAGGAUAUUGCUAUUGCUUAUGGGCAGAGUGAUGAAUAUAGUUUUGUUUUCAAGAAGAAGAGCAGGUGGUUUAAAAGAAGAGCAAGUAAGUUCAUGACUCAUGUGGUCUCCCAGUUUUCCUCAAGUUACGUGUUCUAUUGGAAGGAUUACUUCAAGGACCAGCAGCUUCUGUACCCCCCAGGAUUUGAUGGGCGGAUUGUGUUGUAUCCCAGCAACCAGAAUUUGAAGGACUACCUCAGCUGGAGACAAGCAGAUUGCCAUAUUAAUAACCUUUAUAAUACAGUGUUCUGGAUGCUUGUGCAGCGAGGGGGUUUGACUCCAGUGCAAGCACAGGAGAGGCUCCGGGGAACUUUGGCUGGAGAUAAGAAUGAAAUCUUAUUUUCUGAAUUCAACAUCAACUACAACAAUGAACCUUUGAUGUAUAGAAAAGGAACUGUCCUAAUAUGGCAGAAGAUUAAUGAAGUGACCACUAAGAAAAUAAAAAUGCCAAAGGAAGAAGAAGAAAAAGAAGUGGAAGUGACCCGGACUAAGACUAAAGUUGUUCCCCUGCACUGUGACAUCAUUGGGGACCAGUUCUGGGAGGAAUACCCUGAGAUUCUGGCUGAGGAUAGUUGAUAUCUCUGAUGAGCAUAACUGGUAGCUCACAUUCUGCUCUGCUUGGGUUGUUGGCAAGUGAGGAAUACAAAUGAUGGCUGGCAGAGUUUGACCUGGAACCCUUUUCAGCAACUACAAUGGGUUUGGCACUGAUGCUGCCUAAAAAGAAGAGAUUGGUGCUGUCUGACAUACAAGGAUAUGCCCAUAUGGAAUGCUAAAAUCAUACUGUAUUUUGAAUGUUAAGAACUCAUCAUGAAUUAAGACUGUUCCUGCCUUGUACAUGUGUAUUUGUAAAAAAAGUAUGUAGAAAUUUCCUGUAUUUCUAUAGCAUUUAAACAAUGAGGUAUUUUAUUGUACUGCUGAACUAUAAAGAAGCCUGAAUAUUUGAACAGAAAAUUAUUAGUUUGAUUUCUGUUUUCAGCUGAGAUGGACCAGAGUACUUCAUUUGGGAUUUAGUAUUAAAUUUCAAGGCUGGUGUGUUUAGUCAGAGAGUGACAAACAGUUCUCCUGCCUGAUGUCUGAUUCUUACUGAAAUGCAAUGGAGUAGCCCAGCAGUUUUCUAUGCUUGAUUUUAAAAGUAUUGACAAAAUGUACAGGAUUUUUAUACUUCUAAAGAAUAUAAAUAAUAGUUCCUUCCCUGCUGUGUUUUAUUAUGUGGCCUUUCUCAUUCCUGGGAUUUGAACUGGUAAGUGGUGACAGUUCCAAGCAGUGAAGUUAAUAAUAAAGAUACUGCACAGGUUGGAAUUCUGUUAGGACAUGGAUAGGUGUCUUCCCUCAUAUUCCAUGACCUGGGAAUUCACCUGUCUCCUAUUGUGCACAACACAGCAUAUUUUAAAAAAAUACAGCACAACAUAGCAAAAUAUUCCAGGUGCCUGCAAAGAGAGAGCCAACAACAAUUUCUGCUGCUGCUUUCUGAUCUCCCUGGGCAUGACAGAGCAGUGCUGCCAAUCCAUGUUUGUUAGAGGGAAGGCAGGAGUGUGUGUUACCUGCUCCAUGCACAGUUCUGUUCUG